UCGUAGAGUGUAAUCACCUUCAACCGAAGAACAACAGUGGGAGAUUCACGUCUUCGGCCACCCGGUCGCGGCCAUUCACGGCCGGACGGCCCCCGUUGUCGGUGCUCGGACCCUCGCCUGAGAGAGCUGUCCCUUGAUCCCUUGCUUCCCGGAAUCCCGCCUCCUCCGGGCCGGCGCGUCGAAUUGCGCUCGGUGCGGGCGGGUCUCGUCGAGGCCGAUCCGGCGAUCCCAACCCCAGCACUAACCACCGGGCCGUUUCGUCGGUGCCGUCGGUUCGGGCCGCGGGCGGCGGCGGCGAUGUUUUGGAAGGAUAGCGGCAGCCGGAGCAGCAGCGGCAGCGGCCGGGAUCAGAACGGCGUGGGGCCCUUCGGCCAAGUGCGCGUCCUCGUCGUCGGUGAUUCAGGUGUUGGGAAAUCUUCACUGGUGCAUCUCAUUUUAAAAGGUUCUGCUAUUGCUCGACCAGCACAAACAGUAGGAUGCACAGUGGGCAUUAAACAUAUUACUUAUGGAAGUGCAGGUGGUUCAUCGAAUAAUGUCAGUGAUGCUGAAAGGAACUUCUUUGUUGAGCUUUGGGAUGUCUCAGGACAUGAACGAUACAAAGCAUGUCGAUCCAUUUUCUAUACACAAAUCAACGGGGUCAUAUUUGUUUAUGACCUCUCACAGAGGAAGUCCAAGACAAACUUGAGUAAAUGGGCUGUUGAAGUUGCUGAAACGGGCACCUUCUUAGCUCCACUUGGAUCUGGUGGACCGGGAGGACUUCCAGUGCCUUAUCUGGUAAUAGCUAAUAAAGUGGAUCUCGUGCCAAGAGAUGGUACAAGAGCAAGCAGCGGUAACCUUGUUGAUCUUGCUCGCCAAUGGGCUGAGAAGCAGGGCCUUCUUCGACGUAGUGAAGAACUACCACUCACAGAGAGCUUUCCUGGGAACUCUGGCCUCCUGUCGGCUGCCAAACAAGCAAGAUAUGACAAAGAAGCUCUGAUCAAGUUUUUCCGCAUGUUGAUCAGGAGAAGAUACUUUUCAAAUGAGCCUCCUGCCCCAAGUCCCUGGUCUCUCACUCCAAGAGAAGAUACCAUCCUUUCUGUAGAGACUCUUGGAGAUGUCACGGAUAGCUUCCCAAGGAAAAGCCUUAGUGGUGAGGGCUUUUUGUACAAUGGAGUAGUCCCACUUCCAGCUCAGAGGAACCUCGCACCGCCACCAACUCUGAAUCCGCAGCAGCCCGUGUCGUCCUUGGAUAACUACAGAUAUCACCGGUUCUCCUCCUCGUCGCUUCCGGACGUGAGCAGCGGUCGAACAAGCCGAGAAGAUACGAACGUAUGAUACAUGCCAUCAUACCCGCAAAAUGUGGGAAGCAUAUGAUGCCUAGGAAUUGAGUUCCUACCGGCAUCUUGAGCUGCCUAGUGCCUUGCUUGCAGCACUUGAAUGCUGCCAAGAUGAGCUCUCUUGCUUUGGUUUAAUUGUCCUGUCAUUAUCUGAUCACUAGGUGAUUCCUUCUCUCCUUCUCUCUCUCUCUUUUUCCCCCUCUUUUCCAUCUGUAUUCAUUUAGAAGAAAUGUAACUGAUACGAGGACAAUACAUAAUGUGCCAGUAUACUAAAAGCAAUAGAAGAAUUCUUUCCUUUCAUGGGCGA